AUGAACCUCCUCUAUACUCUUAGUUUCUCUCUGGUGGCCCUGGCGACCUCUGCCAACCCAAAUGAUCCGCUUUGCAAUGUCUUCCCUGUGUCAAUGCUCGAAUUCUCUAGCAGCUUUCAGCAACCAGAGCCUCCGUUGGUGAAGCCUGAGUUCAAAACCAGCUUCAUACAGCACAAGUGGAACAAUAACUUGUCCCAUAUUACUUCGGGCUAUAUUUACUUCUCCCCCUCACAAAACCUUGUCCGCGCAGACGAAGCCUACGACGGAGGUCUGGCGUCCUCGGUCUUCGACUAUUCGCACACUACCAAGGAUGGCUUGGUCCUGAACACCCUCACCUCUUAUGAAGGUAAUAGUACCCAGCCUACCGUGUGGACUGGCUAUGUCAAUUCCAAUUAUCCACUGUUUACAGAAGACUUGUUAAUUCAGGGUGGAGCUGUGUUUGGUGGACUUGUGAAGAGAGACUUGUUGGACAAACAUGUCGCAUCUUGGAAUCUCAUGUACUCAUCCCUUCCGGUCACCAUUUUUGUCGACUUUUGCGGUGUUGUUGUUGGAUAUGACUAUUUUUCGCCUGGCCUUCGCUCCAGAGUCAUAACCGACUUCUUCAACACUGCUGUCGGUCCAGUUCAGCUGUGA